GGAAAGGCUAUCCCGGUUGGGCAGUUUAAUAGCCGUCUUCUAAUUCAAGCACAUCGAUAUGUCUUACGACAUUGUGAUGAACUUGCAGAUUUCCGCAAAGAAUUUGUGGCCGAAGAGAAUAGCAAACGAUGUGAGUCAGCUAAAUUGACAGAAGCUGAUAGCACUAAGUUAAUUAAUGGACACUUUGCUGACUGGUUGGAACAAAAGGUUUUACAAAGUGAUGGGCCAAAUAUAACAGAAAAGGUAAGAGCUUUGGCUGCAAAGCCAAAGAGAUAUGGGGUGCGCUACAGUGGCUAUGUCAUCAACGGCUUCAGGUUUCACACGAUGAGUCAUGACUCAGGGCAUGUCACACAAAAUAGUGGUGUAGUGAACAUUGCAGAAAAUGGUGUUCGAUAUUAUGGCAGAUUAACUGACAUAUUUGAAUUGUCCUAUAAUGAUUACAAGGUGGUGUUCUUUAAUUGUGAUUGGUAUGAUGUCUACCACAAAGUUGGCAUUCAAACCGAUGAGUUUGGGUUCAUUCUUGUGAACAAGUCUCGGAAAAUACACACAGGAGAUCAGUUAGAGGAUGAUCCUUUUGUAUUUUCUUCCCAGGUGCAGCAGGUUUUCUAUGUUCAAGAUCCAAAAGCUGAACUAUGGAAUGUAGUAGUGGAAGUCAGGCCUCGUGACCUUUUUGACAUGGGUGAUGAAGAAUCAUCAGAUGAAACAGAUUAGAGCAUUGUGCUUUUGGUUGUUUGGAGGCGGCCCACAGGAAAUUCAGCAUUCAGAAGCCUGAAGUACUGGUGGAAGCUCUUUGAUGCUGUGGUUCUUUGCAUGCAGCUGCAAUUUUAGUUAUGGUUUUAGUAGUAGUUUAGGAGCACCAUGUCAGAAUGCUUUAUUAUAGUUUAUGGUUGUUGUCUUUUUUUGGUACUAAU